AUGCUCACUCUGUCUCGCAACACAAUCAUGAGUGGCUCCAAGUCCAAAGAAUCGGCCUAUGGUACCCCUUCCUCCGAUACGGCCUUCCGCAAGACCUGGGAUCGUGAAGCCUACGCAGAAAAAGCUGCCGCAGAGAAAGCCAAAGCACAGGCAGAGUCCAAAGCCCGUUAUGAAGCAAAGCUUUUAGGGAAAAAAUACCAUGCCCCGGUGGAUUUCAGCGCCCUCGAAGCAACCACCUCGCGCGCGCAAAGACUCGAUGUCGCAUCGCUGGUUGGAAAGACCACGAUUGUCCCGGCUGGCGCUGCUGUUGGUAAACGGGGACGCGGCGCGGGUUUCUAUUGCUCAGACUGCGAUCUUACGUUUAAGGAUAAUAUACAAUUGGUGGAGCACUUAAAUAGCAAACAGCAUUUAAUAGCCACAGGCCAGAGUGGUGAGGUGAUACGAGCUGGCGUUGAAGACGUCAGGCAGAGAUUACGAUGGCUGGCGCACAAGCGAAGAAUGGAUGCAGAGGAAGAGAAGAGGGCCGCUGAACUUGAUCUCGGCCAGAGACUUCGUACUAGAGAGGAGGAGGAAGCUAAAGAGAGAGAGGAGAAGAGAAGGAAACGUAACGAAAAACGACGGAAAACGGGCAAAGAUGGGGACAAUGGAAUUAAACAAGAGGACUCCUGGGAAGGACGACUUGGUAUUAUAUCAUAA